GCGGCCUGUCGAUGUUCUUCUUGGCAGUGGCUCUCUUCAUGUAUUGUCUUAUCAGAUAAGGGAAAGCAAGCCAAGCAACUAAGAUCCUGAUGAACCUCUUUGUUGCCAUGUUUAAUCUGAACUUGUCCUUCCUGGUAAAUGAGACCAUUGCCAAGAUGGGGAACUUCAACGCAUGUGUGGCCGUGGCAGCAGUCAUGCACUACACUAUGCUGGCCACUUUCAGCUGGUUUUUCAUCCAGGCUCUACACUUGUACUUUAAUCUGUGGAGGGUCUCUACUGAAGCCAAACACUACAUUAUAAAGAUGUGCGUCGCAGGAUGGGUCACUCCAGCUGUAGUGGUAAUCACUCUUCUCGCCACGAGACAAUAUGAUUACAUUGUCAUUAACAGCGAUGAUGGGAAUUCAGCAAAAAUGUGCUGGAUUCCUGAUGCUGUUAUCCACCAGGGCGUCAACAUUGGUUAUUACGGUUUAGUGUUCAUCUUCACCUUUGGCGUAUUCGUCUUGACUGUGCGCCAUAUUAUGCUCCUUAAACCCAAGGCAGGGAAAGCUCAAGACUACAACUCCAUCAAGACCAACUCUUUCUCCAUUUUUGGCCUGUUCCUCCUGCUCGGCAUCACCUGGGCUUUUGCUUUCUUCAGCUACGGCCCUCUGCGCAUACCCUCCUACUACAUCUUCACCAUCCUCAACUCGUUUCAAGGUUUCUUCCUGUUCAUCUACUACUACAAUUCCAGCAAGUUUGGUCCAGUGGACAGACCCCUCACAGUCACCACCAGCAGCACAGCUACAACAAAAACAGUUGUGUCACCUCUGCAGUAGUAAACUGUUUGUGCUAUAUAUGCUCUUCAAGUAGACAGAAAGUGCUCUGUAGCUGGGAUGAUUUUAGACACAAG